AUGGCAUUCGGAUCUGUAGAUCAUCAAAGAUACGUCCCUUUGAGUCACAACCUAGAUUUACAUAAUGUUGCUCUCUGUUUCUGGAUUUUCAAUCGACUGCGAGAUGGAUUGAUGCGAAAGCUGUGGUGUCCACCUAGCAAAGAAAGCUACAAGAUACUUGGUUCAAACAUGAACAUCCAUUAUGCAAAAUACAAGUCUCUUCUAAAUCUGCCUUAUUGGUCCAACAUGUCUUGCAGGUCAUUACUGGAAUCUCAUAAUGCCAGACAUCUUAGCCAAGGGCUUACGUGUCGCGAAAUGAAUGGUCAGCCUGUUGCGGCUGAACCAUGGAUUUUGUUCUACGAUGAUUGA